CCUUCCCAGUACACAGUAUCUUUUAGGGCAGGUUCCCACAUGUUCACUCGGCUAAAAGGUGUUUUGUCUUACACGUUUAGCUGUUUAUUUUGAGAUUGCUUUCCAGAGGAAUUCAGAGGUACAUAAGGAGAGUGAUUACUUCUGAAUUCUUGCCUAUUGAAAAAAAAAUAAUAGUAGAAACAUGGGACUUCAAUGCUAUACCGAUUUCCUCACUGCUGUGUAGGGUCUUUGUGAGGUGUAGGCUGCUGGUGAGCUAUUACUAAAUCAGACACACCUUUGGGUUGGGCUAUUUUGGAAACUAAAUACUUGAUCAGGCUUGAGGUCUGGUCUGCUUGGGAGAAGUGAUUUUAUUUUGUGUUGUUACAUGUACUUUGAUGAGCCGAUGCAGUUGAAGGACAGUGUCCUCUGUGUAACAGAUCAAAGGCAGACAAGUGGUGCCCUGUAGGAAGCCUCACCUGACUGUUUUCAUAGUGAGGAUUGCUGGCUUUCAGACAACUAGGCAAGAAAGAAAAAGUGACAUCCAAUGGGGGUACCUUUAUUUGGUGAUAGCAAGCCCUUCUAUUACCGGAUCUGGAAUGGACUAAGUCAGAAGCUGCAAGGCAAAAAAUCCUGGGAUAAACAUCUGGAUGAAAUCUACUUACUCCAGCAGAAAAGGAUCUGUGAGUCCCCGCUCCUCCAGGCUGCCAAGGAGAACAACAUCCCAGCCAUUAGGAAACUUCUCAUUGAUGGAACAUGUGAUAUCUACCAGAGAGGUGCAACAGGGGAGACUGCCCUUCAUGUAGCUGCCUUGUAUAAUAGCGUGGAGGCUGCAGUGGCUCUAAUGGAAGCAGCUCCAGAGCUUGUCAAUGAGAAGAUGACAUCAGAGCUCUAUGAAGGGCAGACAGCUCUUCACAUUGCAGCAGUGAACCAGAACAUCGCUUUGGUGAAAGCUUUACUCAAGAGAGGGGCCAAUAUCUGCACAGCCCAGGCCACUGGGCACUUCUUCAGACGCAGCUCCCAGAACCUUCUCUAUUUUGGAGAACAUGUUUUGUCUUUUGCUGCCUGUGUGGGAAAUGAGGAGAUUGUGCAGUUGCUCAUUGAAAAUGGAGCUGACAUUAGAGCUCAGGAUUACCUGGGUAACACUGUUCUUCACAUCUUGGUUCUCCAGCCUAAUAAAACAUUUGCCUGCCACAUGUACAGCCUGAUACUUUCCUAUGACAGAAACAAGGAAGGACCAGGAUCACUUGAAUUGAUUCCUAACAAUGAGGGGCUUACUCCAUUCAAACUGGCUGGAGUUGAGGGCAACACUGUGAUGUUUCAAUACCUCAUGCAAAAGCGGAAGCACAAUCUAUGGUCCUUUGGACCCUUGACCACUGUGUUAUAUGAUCUCACAGAGAUUGACUCCUGGGCUGAAGAUCAGUCCUUUCUUGAGCUCAUUGUCUCAACCAAGAAGAGAGAGGCACGCCAGAUCUUAGACCUAACACCUGUGAAGGAGCUGGUGAGCCUGAAGUGGAAUAUGUAUGGACGGCCCUAUUUCUGUUUCCUGGCUUUAUUCUAUGUACUCUACAUGGUCUGCUUCACUAUGUGCUGUGUCUACCGGCCACUGAAAGCCCGAACAGGCAACAAAACAAGCAGUAGAGACAAUACAAUCUAUGUCCAGAAAAUGCUGCAGGAAUCAUAUAUAACAUAUGAGGAUGAGUUGAGGUUGGUGGGGGAGCUGAUCACAGUGAUUGGAGCUGUAGUAAUUUUGAUCCUUGAGAUCCCAGAUAUCCUUAGAGUUGGAGCAGCGAAAUACUUUGGACAAACCAUCCUAGGAGGGCCUUUCCACAUAAUUGUUAUCACAUAUGCUUGUAUGAUUCUGGUAACCAUGGUAAUGCGUCUCACCAGCACUACUGGUGAGGUGGUGCCCAUGUCCUUUGCCCUGGUACUAGGAUGGUGCAAUGUCAUGUACUUCGCACGAGGCUUCCAGAUGCUUGGACCCUUUACCAUCAUGAUCCAGAAGAUGAUAUUUGGAGAUCUUAUGCGCUUUUGUUGGCUCAUGGCUGUGGUGAUACUAGGCUUUGCAUCAGCUUUUUACAUCAUCUUCCAGACAGAGAACCCUGAAAACCUUGGGCAAUUCUAUAACUAUCCCAUGUCCUUGUUCACCACCUUUGAGCUGUUUCUCACUAUAAUUGAUGGCCCUGCAAACUAUGAUGUGGACCUGCCUUUUAUGUACAGUGUCGUAUAUUUUUCCUUUGCCGUCAUUGCCACCCUCCUUAUGCUCAACUUGCUAAUUGCCAUGAUGGGUGACACCCACUGGAGAGUGGCCCAUGAGCGGGAUGAACUCUGGAGAGCCCAGGUUGUUGCUACUACUGUCAUGCUGGAACGGAAAUUGCCACGGUGUCUCUGGCCUCGCUCCGGGAUCUGUGGCCGGGAAUAUGGGCUAGGGGACCGAUGGUAUCUCAGAGUAGAAGACAGGGUUGAUCCCAACAAACACAAGAUGAUGCGGUACACAGAAGCGUUUAAGGCUCAUGAUAGGGAUAACUGUGACAAAGGUCCGGAAAAACUGGAAAUUGACAGUAACAUCUUGUACAAGAAGGAACUGCCUGCUCUGUCAUUGUCACGGAACACAUCAAGGAUGAAUUCUCACAGUGGCUGGGAAAUCCUGAGGCGCAACACCUUCCACUCAAUUCAUGGAGAGGUCAAUCAUGCCAUGGAGGAAGAGGUAUAUGAUGUCUAAACCUCUCUUUUUUUUGUUCCUUUUUUUUAAAUUGUUUUUAUUUUUCCACUCCACAAUGUAAAUCUCAUUUGCCACAGCAGUUGUCUCCUCCAGCUGUUCAUACACACUCAAGCAUGCUACAAAUUCAACAGCCAUGAAGAACUCUGCUUGUGCAUUAUGAAUAGUUCAUGGUGACUAUGCUAUGAUAUACAAAUUCAGUCUUUUCUCUUCUACCUUUUAGGUGUCCCUGUUGUUGCACUAAUAUUUGCACCAAGUUGGUGGGCUUGUUGAUCUAGGGCCUGUGGUUGUUUGCAAUUCUUUGUAGUAACCUAGAGAAAUGAGCAAUAGAAGCCAGCACUGGGAUUUCAACUAUUUACAAAGAGACAAACAGUAAGACCUCUCCCAGAGUAUAACAUUUAGUAUAAUCUCUCCCUCCAGUCUUACAAUAUCCCUCACAAUAUCCUAGAGCUCUCAUUGCAAAUACACCUGGCUGAAGUACUGUUUUAUGAUUUAGUACAGAAAUGAAAAACAAAACAACAAAAAAACAUCUGUAACUAAUCUCAAGAAUGAAGGUAGUUGCUGACACUGUGAUGAUUACAAGGCCUGUAACUAUUCAAUCAGCAUUCAGGCCUGCACAGAUUUUGCCUUCUGAAGAAUGAAAAACUCUUCAGAGAGCUGCAUUCUAGCUGCAUUUUCAACGUUGCUAUCGUAGUAGGACUCCUCUGGUUUAUGAUUUUCAUUUUUUAUUUUAUUAUUUUAUUAUUUUUUCAACAUAGGAAUGCACUUUAAGCUGUGUGUUUGUUUGUUUGUUUGUUUGUUUAAGAAAGAAGUGAUUUCUGUUCUUGGAAGGAUCCUGAAAGAUCUGAAGUGGGAUUUUUUUUCCUAUUGAGCAGAUGAUCUCUGAAGGUCCCUACCAACUGAACUAUUCUAUUCUAUCCUGUUCUAGACCUGGUUAGGUGCCUUUCAGCAGUGUGUUAUCAAGCACCAAAGUGAGCUGAAGCUUGCUUUUCCUUUCCUUGGAAGAGUAGGGUUCUGGACCAUAGUGCUUUGACUUACUACUGAGCCACUGAAUUCAGUCGUAGUAGUAAACUACAAUAUAUCGGUGAAUGAAAUGAAGAAGAAAUUUUGGAUAGACAGAUAAGAGCUAUUGUAAAAGGAGUUCAGAAACUGGUGUUCGCACACACACAUGAGAAGCCUCAAACUAUCUAAUACAUGUCUAGGUCAUCCAUACAAACAUGAUGGUCACAGAAUCACAGAAUCACAGAAUUUCUAGGUUGGAAGAGACCUCAAGAUCAUCGAGUCCAACCUCUAACCUAACACUAACAGUCCCCACUAAACCAUAUCCCUAAGUUCUACAAUGAUGUUUCAGUCUGUCAGUAUGUCAUCUGCCUAGGGCCACUUUAAGAAAAAUAGAGAAAUGCUCGGAGAAGUGGACUAUCAUUCCUGGGGUUUUAGCAUUUUUAGGUUUCAUUCCAAUAGCAGAAGCGAGUGAAAAUCAGCAGAUGGUCUUAACAUUUCCUUUCUGACUGUACCAAUGACAGAACGUUUGUUUUUUAAGAAACCAUGGAUUGUAAUCUAGCACUAGGCUUUGAGUCAAACCACCUUGUGAUAAGCAAAGCAGACAACAAAAAAGCUGAAUCCAGUGGAUUUCUGAUUGUUCUGCAAUAUCACUGCAAACACCUCCCACAUCUCCUCUAUUGCAGGUGUUGUAAUAAGUGUCAUGAUCUUUGCAAUUAUGUGUAUUUAUUUAAAUGUUGUCUUUCUAUUUCUUGAAUGUGUAGUUAUAUGAGACUGUCUCUCUGUACUUCAGCUGCAUACCUUCUGAGCUGAUACAUUUUGUUGAAUUGAAAGUUUUUUUUACUUAAGUGUUGUCAGCCCUUCCCUAAAUAUUUGGGGUUUGCACUGAUGGUCUAUGGAUAUGGAAACAAUGUGGAGCAUUAAGCAAAAAUAUGAAUUGUUGCUCUAAUUUUAGAUAAAUUUUCUUUCCAGUGAAUGGGAAAUAACAGGAAGGAAAGAACUGAUGGCUUCCCCUCUACUCUCACAGUCUUUUCACUAGCUUGAAAAACUACAGAAAUACAUUUAAGAUGGAGCUGACUGGCCAUUUCUGCACAAGGACUCCUCUUUGUCAUUAUUUAACAAUAAUAAUAAUAAUAUAAUAAUAAUAAUAAUAAAAACUAGUUUGACAUAUACACUGUGUAAACCCUGGCUCUAAGAAUGCAUUUGUGUUCUUCUUCAUCACUUUAAACAGUAAUGAAAAUUUUGACCGUAGAACUCAUAACAAUAUAUUGACUUUGCAGGAGGCAAAACAGAACUCAGUUAACAGUGCUAGGCUUUUAUAGACUUCUGUAUUUGCCUUCCAUAAGGAGAAAAAAAAUCCCAUAUUUUUAAGGUAGUGCCUUUUUAAAAAUUGCAGUCUGUAAGCAUUAGAUUUCAACAUUUUUGCAUAGAAACCAUGCACAAAACAGCAUUAAAUCCGUGUAAUUUAUUUACAUACAUUUAUUUAUUUUAAUCUGUGUAAUAUAUUUGGACUCGCUUUAUGUCAAUAAGUGUAGAGAAAAUAUGGUAAUUCUUGUGGUGUUUUAGAGAUCAGUUUAGACCGAUUCUAUUCAAGCUCAGAGCUGAACAACAGCUAUUGGAAAAAAAUUUCAGGUGGUAAAGGUCAGCAGAAAUAAUGAAGACAAAUAUAUUAAAUUUAAUUUGUAAUUCUAGAAUAUCUACCCUUUUCUAUUAGGGCAUAUACACACUUGCUGGGCCUAUAUGAAUGUCAGGAGGCACCAGAAAAACAUUGCAUUGCUGGCUCAAUGCAAUCUAUCUCAAACAGGGAAACAACAAUGACUGUAGUAACACAAAAGGUAAAGCACUUUUGCUUUAAUAUUCUGCAUGAAUAUGCUCCUUCAGGAUUUGAUCCAGUGUUUUGCAUUUUGUGAUGUAGAUAUAAACUAAAACUCCAAAGCAGUAUUGCUCCUUUUUGGCGUUGAAAGGUAUCUCCCUUAUCCCUCUUGACAACAUUGCAAUGAUUUCAAAACCAACAUUCCUACCCUCCUUGAAACUGUUUAUCUCAAUCUAUCUUCCAAACUACUGAAGUAACUUCUGAGUUUAUGAUAAUGUAUCAAGAAUGAAUGUUCUGAUCCAGCUGCAUGUAUUAAAAUGACAAAUAUUUUGCUGAAAAUAAAAAAUUUAAAUACAUGGAC